GUUAGCAUGAGUUUUUGAUUUGUAAAACUCGAUUACAGAUGCUUUAUAAGUUUAAACUUCUUUAUAAUAUAGAUGUAACAAUUUAUGAUACAGUGUAUGUAUUUAAUAUGCAAGAGGUAGUGGCAUCUAGCUUUCAAAUUUUAUAUUACAAAGGAGACUGACAAUUUUAUUGGCGCUUUGCAAGAUUUGCAAUGAACUUAAUCAACGGCCUUUGAUAGUUUACUACUGACUACUGUUUUUCUUCGUGAUUGACUGGAUCCAGGAUAGCAUAUAAUAGACAGACAAAACAUUAGAAGACAACAUGAGACCAAACCUGGUUCCAAGUGACAUUUCACCCCUGCUGCCGUUCCAGUCAUGUACACAGAGUGUCCUGGAAAAGACUGAUGUCACAGGAAUAAAUGGAAGCACAAGCAUAGAUGGCUACUUUUCUUGGCUGUAUCAUGGGCCCCACCUCGAAGUUAUUACGACAAAGUCUAGAACACGUGUCGCAGCAUGGAAGUUCGGGGCGGCCCUCCACGAUUCUAACACCACAAUCACCUGUGUGCAGGAAUAUUCGGUGAAUGGAUCCACAAAGCUGUUGGUCGGCCUGACUAAUUCGGUGAACCAGGGCAUGGUGUGUCUCUUCGACAUAUUCAAGUCAUGCGUGCUGAAAGCUAUCGAGUUCCCACAAAAGGUCACGUCACUGACUUCAGUUCUGACCUCUGGUGGAGAUCAGGUGCCCAGCUGGGCUAUCGGCAGCAACCUGCGUGAAUUUCACGGCAUUGUUGCUGUUGGCGUUCAGUGUGGCUAUGUCUAUCUUGUUGACAUGUGUGUUGAUAGUCACGCCAUCUAUGAUGAGGUGUACCCGAGCACGCUGCAGUUCAUGACGCCUCGGUCACGCGAUGUGGGACAUGCCAGACAGCAGGCCCUGUCCAAGGGAAAUGUCAUGGCCAUGCUCUUAAAUGAGGAGUGCUGUUCUCGCGGCUCGUUUACGUUCUAUCGUCCCGACGACUCGAUUGUUAAAACAUUUCAGACAGAUUCUGUUUCGGUCAGUUGUCUUCAGUACGUUCCUCAGGCAGGGAUUCUGUGUGUGGGAUUCAACUUCGGCGGCUUCCAGUUGUGGAAACUGUACAACCCAGUGAUGGAAUACAACAGUCGUCUGGAAGCGGAGCCGAAUGCUGUGUCACAUUUCCUGUACCAAGAGCCGGAGAACGAUCCGAAGAAUUUCUGUUACCUGUGGGUGUCACGCGACAAUUCAGUCGUUUAUCCAGGUCAAGAAAAUGUUAGUACAAUAUGUCUGUACCAGCUUUGUUUUGGAAAAAAGACUCUCUAUAACAACUACGGUGUCUUCUAUGAGGAGUUGGAGUCGGUGUGUCUGCGUUUGGAAUACGAGCUACUCGUCGAUCCGUUCAGCGGCACGUCACGGAGACAUACCUGGAUGAGUCAGAUCGUGUCCUGCUACACCCUCGUUGAUCCCUUCUACUGUCCACCGGCGGUCCUCACGGAAAACGAGUCGUUCGAAGAAGGAGGUCACGGUCCCGACCUGGCCCUAUGUGUGAUAGUGUGGGAGGCACAGGACAACGGACCCGGCGACAAGUCGAACUACUUCCUGGCUCUGUUCGACAUCAACCGCUGGUAUCAUGCACAGAUGCCGUCAUCUGUCAGAUUUGGCGGAGUCUCCAGUGAAAUGUGUCCAUAUUUUGCCGUGUACCGAUUGAAUGAUAUCACCGACGCUGCAUUACCUGAUGUUAUGCUGCAUCUUCAUGUUCGCAGGAAUUCCAUCAAACGUUUUAUCAACAAUGCUCCACUACCACCGGAGCAGCAUUUCUAUCCAUCAGCCUUGUCAUUUGACGGUAUUUGUCUUAUGGAGACAGGAAUCAUAAAGACCUCAUUUCUUGGGCUGCAGAAGCAGGUUCUCAGUGAGAUGAGACGGAAGGGUGCGGUUUGUCUGCUCCAGCCCCAGGACCUCUACAACACUUGCUUGUUGCUAGGACUUCUACCCAAACAAGACAUAGGACCACUGGCCUCUAAUUUGAGUGUUCAAAGGCAAGCAUUGUUAACAAUGGCAUUGGAUUACCCUAUGAUUUCUGUUAUUGUCGGAUGCAUUGAAGCGUGGGCUGAUGGAGAGUUUGUUCAUCAAGGCUGCACGUUGAAGUUUCUUCUUGACUGGACAUGGGAGCAGGUUUCCAACACAAAGAGAAUUAUCGACGACAACUGUCGGAGUCUGUAUGACUGGUCAGGAAAACAUGUCGACAGUCGAUUGCUUCACACACUGCACAAGGCCUGCAGCACGUUGUGCAAUUUACUGUCCAUACUGGAAGCACUGAUUCAGUCGGCGCCGAGCACUGAAGAAGGUUUGAUGGAGCUGGAGUCGAAGCAGAACGUGCUGUCUCUUCUCGUUAACCAGCUGCAGGUCGUGCUCUGGUUCAUAGACGCUAAACUUCUACCAGAAGACGAUGAUGCUGUUGCUGAUGCAAACACAUUAUUUUGCUAUCCAUUCUGUAAGUUGGAGCAUAUCUACAACUCACGGAGGACAGCCAUUAGACAGCUACACAGCGAGAUGAAAGGCACGGAACUGUUGCUUAUCGAUGGUCUUGUUAAGAGCUGUGGACCGGAGCUCGGCACGGUCUGGAAACGUGAAGGCGGUAACGGGCUUUACCCUCCGCCCAGUCUGCAUGCCCUCCUUGGUGUGUAUCUGCUGCUGGACGUAUCUCUAGAUCAGAAACACGCUGUUACUCUGUACAUGCUGUUCGAUCUCAUAUCCCUGCUACCCGAGGACAAGGAACAAGUGUUCUCUGAUAAGAUUGCUGAGUUUGCCAAGACGUUUUCAAUAUCACAGCUCUUCACAAAAACCAGCGGUUUUUGGCUUUUGGAUCACCAGGAUUAUAAUGAUGCCUUCCAGAGAUUUAUGGACCCAUCAGUGGGCACGGAGCUAGGUUCGUGGCAGCACAUGCGAAUCGUUAAGACGUUCCUGUUCCACGGUGAGCAGAAGAUGGCACUGCGCUACCUCACUGGAAGGAAUGUUCCCGUCAUCUCGCCAGAACAAGUUAAACUCAAGCUCACAGUUCUUUUGGCCAAUGGUUUGGCAACAGAAGCGUUCAACUUCCAGCGCCAGUAUCGCAACAGGAGGAAUAUGUCUGACCUGCUGUCGCAUCUCUUUCGCGGCUGCCAGCAGAUGAAGUUACUUGACCAGUUGCUCCAGCUGCCACUGAACGAGGUUGAGGAGCACCAUCUGGUGGAGUUUCUGUCUCAGAACACCGAGUACCAGGAAAUCCUCGUCAUGUACUACCUCCAGCGAGCGCGCUUCAUCGAGGCCAUACGCCUCAACGAAAAACUACGUCAGGGCGCCAUGUCUGAAAAGAAUUCCCUGGUCAGAGAGAGAUCGUCAACGAGGAAUCUGAUUGUUGACGGCUUCGCUCGGUUGUUACCGGAAUCUCAACGGAAACUGAUCCAAGAAAACCCUGAACUCGCCACCAGUGUAGAACAGAGGAUUUACGUGAAAAGACCACGCCCACUGUCGACGUUGGUGCGAAAGCCGGAACACAGUCGAGUGCAGUCGUUUUCUCGGUUGAUCCUGGGCUACAUGCACAAGGUACACGAGAACCAGAGGACAACAGAGGACACUGAGGAGAGAGUGGAUGCAGAGAAAGAUUUGGGUCCGUUCCUCCGAACCCCAGUAACGCCCAGAAAGAAGUCCAGAUUGAGUGAGGUUCCCGAUGUUUCGUAUCCAGCUGUGAAGCAGAAUGAUUCCUACGAUGUGUCUGACUUCAACUCUCCUGUCCGGUCAAAAGAUCCCACAAGGAGAAAAUCCAGAUUUAGAAGUGCGGACACACUGAUAAUGCUGAAGACUCCCGAGGUAUGUCGAAAGAUGAGAGAUAAAUCUUCGUUACUAGCUGUUCAGAGAACUCCACAGUCCAUCCUGAAAGUGCGAAGACUGAUUAAGAAAUCACCUAGUCCAGGAUCCAGCCUUCAAGAUUUGACAACCCCGAAAAAUGCGAAGAAGAAGCGAUCUGAACGUGUAGAAGACAAGUCAGUUGGACGUUCCGCACACGGCGUCUCGACGACUCCGAGACAGAGAGCUGUGUUUAGGAAGACGGGAGCUCCGGAGCUGGACUCUACCGAGGACCUCCUGGUUACGGCCACUGUCGAUACGUCCAGUUCCGAGGUGGCAGGCGACAUCAUUGUCCCGAAACAUUUACGGUUCGCAGAGCCCGCCGAGGAGGAGGAAGGAGAAGUUACCCCACCCAGUACUCCCCUUAAACUGCGUCCAACCUGCGUGACACUGCCCUCACCUUCAAGUCCGAGACUAUUACGAGAUCGUAGUCCCACUCCUGAAAGUUUAUCGCCCAAGCUGAUGCCCCGGCUGGACAACCUGACAAGACAGCCACUCCGAGCCCACACCGAAUCCCCACAGUGGAUCACGGCCGACAGCGAGGGCGAAAUUACAUUCAACUUGACCAAGACGCAAACCAUAGUUGUUGAGGAGGCCAUGGAAGUUGAUACAGAAUCUCCGCCGAACAAAGCUGUAACUGUAACGAAAACAACAGAGACUUGCUACACACAGAGAGUAGAAUCCAGCACUUGGGACGACAUCACGUCAGAAGUCCGAGAAGAACACGAAUCUGUCAGUGUUGUAUCAGAGACAGACAGAGUCUCCAGUAUCGCACCGACCUCUGACCUCGGUCAGUCUGAGUUGUCUGUCCCUGCCAUCGACCUCUCCAACAUUGAUGUUCUCGAUGUGGACAACUUCCUGUUGACCCCGGGUGAUAAAGGUAAACAAGUCGAUCUUGAGGUCCUGGACGAUUCUAAAUUGAGCGACAAACCUCAGGUUGUGGAGCUCCAAGAUUCGGAAAAGGGAGAAAUGGAAGGAGGCUGUGUGGAACAUGGUGAAAAUUCUGAUCCCAUGUCAGAAAAGAGAGAAACGGAAGAUGGUGAAAUUUCUGUGCCCAAGUCUGUCACUGACAUAGAUGAAGCGCAGUUGGUGGCGGACCAGGAAUGGAAAUUGGAAAUAGCUUCCAGUGACGAUCAAGAAGCUGAAGAGGUUGCUGGUGUGAAGUCCCGGGAAGUGGAAGAUCGGGCUUCGUGCGUUGAAGAGAGGGAAAAGAGUGAUGUUGUGAUGGAAGAACCAGCAGAUGAACAUUCAGGCACGGUAACUGACAGUACAAGUAAGGAUCAGCAAGUUGAUGAACAGUCAAUUCAGAAAGUUGAUGAACAGCCAAUUCAGCAAGUUGAUGAACGGUCAAUUCAGCAAGUUAAUGAACAGUCGAUUCAGCAAGUUGAUGAACAGUCAAUUCAGCAAGUUGAUGAACGGCCAAUUCAGCAAGUUGAUGAACGGUCAAUUCAGCAAGUUGAUGAACGGUCAAUUCAGCAAGUUGAUGAACAGUCAAUUCAGAAAGUUGAUGAACAGCCAAUUCAGCAAGUUGAUGAAUGGCCAAUUCAGCAAGUUGAUGAACCGUCAGUUCAGCAAGUUGAUGAACAGUCAAUUCAGCAAGUUGAUGAACGUUCAGUUCAGCAAGUUGUUAAACAGUUAGUUCAGCAAGUUGAAGAACCGUCAAUUCAGCAAGUUGAUGAACCGUCAAUUCAGCAAGUUGAAGAACAGUCAAUUCAGCAAGUUGAUGAACGUUCAGUUCAGCAAGUUGUUAAACAGUUAGUUCAGCAAGUUGAUGAAUCGUCAAUUCAGCAAGUUGAUGAACCGUCAAUUCAGCAAGUUGAUGAACAGUCAAUUCAGCAAGUUGAUGAACGUUCAGUUCAGCAAGUUGUUAAACAGUUAGUUCAGCAAGUUGAUGAACAAGUAGCUGUUAAACCUGUGGAUUUACAUUUACAUCCACAAGCAGAUGUUCAGCAAGUAAAAAAGUGUGAUAUGCAACAGCUUACCGAAAAUGUAGACGAUAAACAAGUAGAUGUUGUAAUGGACGUUGAGGGCAGAGAAUCGGACUACGUGGUGAAAGAGUCGUCUCCCUUGAGUACUGUUGUCAUGGCUACAGACGCCAGUAUGGUGCCCGUUUCAAAGGAUGUAGUUGAUGUGGUCAGUCACAUAGUUGAACAAUCUGUCCAGCAUCUGGAGCAUGAAAAGACGGACACCGUGACCACUACUUUGAAACCGUCUGAUUCAGAAUUACCAGAGUUAUCAAAACACGAGAAUGACGCAGGCACUAAAAAUGAGAAAAUUGAGAAACCGUCGGAUUCGGAGGAAAUGAUUUCAGUGACGACACCGACAACACCUCCACGACAAGGCAAACCUUCGCCAUCGCGGUCGAGGAGAACAUCAACAAGAAAGUCUAGCGUUUCCGAAGACAUCGAUAUUAAUUUUCUGGAUUCUCCCGCCAGAUCUACGAGAUCAGCACGAAGGUCCAUGACUCCCUCGAGCAUUACGGCAACUCAGAGCGGCAGUGCUGACAAGAGCGAGACGCCCACACCGCAGAAGUCUCCAGGGCGCUCAGCACGAGGUAAAGGAGCGUCGGCCUCGCGGAAAAUCAUGCAGGCGUCUCCAGCUCGGCCGUCGAGAAAAUCUGUGUCAGAUGAAAACGAAGUGUGCCCUGUUCAGAUGACAAAGCUGAAGGCACCUCUACCAGUUUUAGCAGAAGAGUUCGAGGUGGCCCCGAUUUCUCCUAUUCGACGGUCGCCACGAAUCAUGAUGAACUCCCUCACAAAACAGCUGCACAGUGAGGACAGCACCGAGGCCAGUGUUCCCGAGCACAUCGUGACGAGGACGCGAUCGGGAAGGAGUGCCACGCCCACUACACCCAGCAGGAGAAGUUCAAGACGAAGCGAAAAGGGGUCGGAGUCCGAAGGUGACUUAACUACACCUGUUAAACCGACUCUUUUAUCUGUGACACUGACCCCACCUGAUUCCUCUUCCCGCGGAACGACGGACAAGUCCAGUCAGCAGAAGCAGUCAAGGAAAAAGAAGAAUGCGAGCCCAAUGAAUGUGCGAGGAGGAUCGCCUCAGCGCUCUCUGCGAUCCCAGGACAAACAGCAGCCACCCUCUGAAUCAGCCCUGAACGACAGUGUCACACAAGCUGCACCAAGCUUCCUGUUCGCAGAACCGAUGAGCGUCGAUCCACACAUGUUUGAAAAAAGCGGCCAUGUUGAAAGCCCACUGAGGUCAUUCAUCUUCUCUCCACCAGUGACACGGCAGACCUCGCGCCGGGAUUCUCUCGGAAGGAUGGGACAGUCGACACCACAUAUUUCUUCACCUUUACUGCUGUCAGCUGGGUCAGCCGAGCCUGCGGCAUCGACGGCAUCAACGAGAAAGACGAAAGGUCGACCCCGAAAGGCUGUUAAAGAAUCUGGUUUUUCUACACCUGAGCAUACAGAGGAAUCUGUCAUUCUCCUGACUCCAUACGAACUGCGACAUCCAGUUACCCGGACUACAGACAAUGAAACAAAGGCCAGAUCAAAAGUUCUGUUGAAGAGAAAGAAACGAGUUCACAGGAUAAUAUAAACUGAGCUUCAGACGGCUGUGGAAUUACUUUAACCCUUCAAUCUCUAGGUCAUUCUUCAACGUACUGUGCAUUUAUUCCCUUUGUGGAGAUUGUCUGUUCCAGUGGAGAGGAAAGGGUUAACAAUAUGGUCUCAACGUGAAUGUUAACAUUCCGGAAUAUUUCUAGAGAGUACUGGUGUCUCAGUUACAUUGCUAAAUCACAAGUAAUGUUUUUUAUGAUACUUUUGGAAUAUAGACUCAUUUAAAUAAAAUAUGGUUGUACAAAAGAUAUUGUUAGAAUACAGAUAAAUAAAAUUAAAAUGUAGCCAAUGUGUUUAAUAAUAUUGAUGGCAUACAGACUAAAAUUAUUAAUACUUCAAUGUUGGAAUAAUUUAACAGAAGUGAUUUCAUUAAGUUGAUGAUGUAGUGUAUUGAAAGAUACUGUUUGAAUUGUCUUGGUUUUUUUUUUAAAUCACGCUAUACAAAAUAUAUUCCAUUGCAUUAAUCCAAGGUCCUGUUCUCCAGUUUACCAGUAGAUCAGCAAAGCUUUUCCAUUGCUGUCUUUCUCUCUCUUUUUUUUUUUUUACUUUAGAGAAAACUUAACUGGAAAAAACCAAAAGGAAAAAAACCAUACAAUUAUUGACCACAUCUGGACCAUAAAAUAGGUUUAUGGGCCUAUGAAAUUUGGACAUUGUGGUAUGUUUAUAGAAUUUUUUUUAAAAUGCGAGAUGACAAAACUGAACGGUUGAACUUUAAUGUGAUUUGAUUACUCGAGAGCUCACAUUUUUAUGUGAGAAAUAUUGUUACGACUCGGACACAAAUUGUCAUUUAAGAUUAAUGUUGUUACGAUUUAGGUGUUCUCCCAGUACGAUUCGGUCAUAUGCGACAAGUCGGUGCGAACAAUCGCAUAAUAAAAACAUCCUUUAAGAGAACAGAUUGUUUGGAGGACCACGCCACAAUCUCGAAGAACCACAUUUUAUAGAUGUAAAUAAAACAGGAACCGACAAUGAAAAUACCUUAGUUUUAAAACGAAUAAAUGUAUGCUACCUUUUUAUAUAUUAUGUACAUAAUAUAUGUACAUAUUAAUUCAUAAUUAUUCCAGUAUGAUUUCCAUGGAAAUAAGUUAUUAUAAAAUGUACAAUAAAAAAAAAGAAAAAAAGUCAAGGUUGUGAAUAAAAUGUUGCAUAUUCAGACCUCUGUACAUUGUGAGAACAAUUGUUUUGUUUGCACAAGUCUUAGUUUGGUGUAAUCGAUUUUUUGUUCAUGCAUUAAAUUUGUGAUCUGAUUUUCAUGGUCGUAACGGGUUGUGUUAAGUGAAAUGGGUUACCUUAAUGGGUUACGCAAAUUUUCAUUUCUCAGAGACCUGGCUAAAGAUUUUCAAAGCUUUCUUAGUGCUACGGAUAUCAUAAAAACGUCUGAAGCUAUGAUGUCACUUCAACACACGCCAUAGUGAUGUCAUAGCCUACGAUGGUUUUACGAUAUAGUGCUAAGAUAGCUUUGAAAAUCUGUACCCUGAUAUUCAGAUUUAUCAUCCAUUAAAGGCUUUUGUAGGAGAUAUUGCUGACACUGUAAUUUGUGAUAUCUCCUGUAAUAUACUCCUAGGAGAUAUGGCUUCUUAUAAUCUUGAUUGGUCAAAUUUUAAUCACAAGACAUUAUUUUGUUACGUCACUGUGUAUGUUUCAGCACUAAACCUAUCAUUAGUGACGUCAUGCCACAGUUGUUCUGCUAGUUAACGAGUCUACUGCUUCCAAAUAUAGUGAUAUUCAACCCAUAUUACUGACAUUGUUUACAACUGUCGCAAAUGAAAAGAAUAAUAAUGGAUGAUAAAAAGGAUACACGUGUACGGAUACAUGUCUUGUAAUAUAAUUUAUCAGCACUUAUUAAUAAAAGUAUAAAAAUCCUCGGAAAGCCUUGGAUUUCAUACUUUUAUCAACUCGUGCUGAUAAAUUAUGAUGUCACAAGACACUCGGGGAGUAUCUAUAUAUGGAAAUAAUUUGAUAAAUUUUGUCUUUAUAAAAUAUUUUUACAAUAAUAUUCUUUUUUGUACUACUACAUGCUCAAAUACUUCACAAAAAAUUACAAGUAAAUCAAAUAAAAAUGAUUUCUGUGUUUAAAAUAUUUGCUAUUCAUUGUAUAUACUCCGUGUACUAUCUUUACUCUUUUCUUUUUUUUUCUUCUUUUUUUUGAAAAACAAGUGUGUUUCUAUGGUGAUGAAUAGUUUUCAGAAAGCUAUUUCUAUGAAUGUAUGUAAUGUUAAAAGUUUGUCGUGCUGUGUGGUAUUUUGAUCAUUUGUGAGAAUGUUUUAAAUGCAUAAUGUAUAACUUGUAACGGUACGACUCAUCCUCUGUAACUGGUACUGUCUGCUCAGUGGAUGCCAUUGUUGACCAACUCACUGUGAAUAAUGAAGUCAUUGAAUUUCAUGAGAGACCAAUAAAACUGUAUGUUGAAA